AUGGGAUCUGGCCCAUACACUUUUGAUCAAAAGCCGUUAAUGCUGAAGAAAUGGCACCCUAGGAUGACAAUGGAUCCGAAUGAAAUCAGAUCUGUGCCGAUCUGGAUUCAGCUGCCUGGAUUACCAUGGGAGUUUUGGUCUACUGAAAUCCUGAGUAAAAUAGGGAGUUUCUGUGGUUCUCCACUGUAUUGUGAUCAAUGCACCAUUAGUAAAACCAGAUUAGGCUAUGCUAGAGUACUGGUGGAGAUGGAUGCCAUGGGCAGAAGAUUGUUUAUGAAUGGAGACCUCUCAUAUGUGAAAAAUGUUGUAGGAUGGGGCAUUCCAAGAGCAAUUGCAGAGUCACACAUUAAAAAAGUCUUAGAGAAAAAAGAAGAGAAGGAUGUUCAUGAAAUGGAGGCAGAGGACCAGCAGACCGACUCAGUUAUCUCAAAAAUCAAUGUUAAGACCAGCCUAGACAUGAUUGAGAAGGAACAAAAAGGAGAUAUAUCUCUGGAUGAUGGAUAUAGACAAAUGAUAGGAGCAUGGAACAUCAGAGGGAUUAACAAUCCUAAUAAGCAAUCAGAGGUGGCUUCUCUGAUUAGCAAGAAUAAGUUACAAUUCAUAGGUAUUACUGAAACUAGAGUUAAUUCCGUAAAGUUUGAUAAAGUUUGGAAUUGCUUGAAGAGUAAAAUUCCAGGCUGGGGAGUUAUCAAUAAUUACAGUUGUUCUAGUAUAGGGAGAAUCUGGAUCAUCUUCAACAAAAGUGAGAUUGAUGUUGAUAUCCUAGCUGUUCAUAACCAAUUCAUUCAUUGGAGAGUUAAAAAUGACAGGUUAUCUUUUUUGUGUACUGUGGUGUAUGGUUCCUAUAUGGCUGUUGAAAGAGUUAACCUAUGGAAUACCUUGGACAGGGUGGGAGGCAUUGAUAUAGAUAUGCAAGCUGCAGAUGACUUCAAAAACUGGGUUAGUGAAUCUAAUCUUUUGGAGCUAAAAAAGACAGGCAACACUUAUACAUGGACUAAUAAUCAAAGUGGUAAUGAUAGAAUAUGGAGGAAAUUAGAUUGGUGUUUUGUUAAUCUAAGUUGGUAUGAGGACUGGACAGAUUCAAUGGCAUUUCUGAUCACAGUCCUUUAA